AGCCAAAAAAACAAAAAUACAGCGAAAAAGUUUAACGACCAUGUACAACUGGAUUCAGGGCCUACACAAUAAUGAACGCCAGGGGGAAAAUGAAGGUAAUACUGGAAAACUAGCGUUCGAAGGUACAGUGAAGCUAAAUGCCAAUGCCCAAGAGUUUGUGCCACGUUUUAAGAGGGAAGAUUCGUCGAAACCUGAUGCUGUAGUUGGUAACAGUAACAUAAACAACAUGUUGAACGACGGCCAAAAAAUAAAAACCAAACUUAUGUUGCCGUGGAAAGGAUUUCCCAAUAGAUCUGAAAAACUGACUCGCGGCCCUCAGGUGGUUUUGCUAGGCGAUGUGGAGUAUAAAGUCUUACCGCGCUCAAAGAGAUUGAAAUGGCCCAUUGAGGACAAGCUACAUGUGGAAAAUGAUUCCACUAGCUCCACAAAUGCAAAUUCUAAUGCUCCGGCUACGGCUCCUGCUGGAAGUCGCCUUUAUUUCGAGGAAAAGCGCCGGGAACACGAGCGAAAAGUAGCUGUGGAAGCCCUAAAAUUGGCCGAACAGCGACGCAUGAGGGAUCCUUUGAUAGCCCCGAUGAAAGGCAGUGGAAACUCGAAGGACGUGCAACCCAUUAUACAUCUCUCACGAUCUCCAGUAAGAUUCACGCCGGAGGAAAGAAUAGGAGUAACCCGUUUGAGGGCUGCGAAGAGGGAGCGUAUCGAGCGCAUCCUUCGCGAAAUGACAAACGGGAAGCAGGCGGCACUAAAGGAACAGGAGCUCCAGGAGGAUAAGACUUGUGUUGAUGCUGAAUCUAAAGAGCCUAAUAAAGCUCCUAAUAAGGAGCCUAAUAAAGAGCCUAAUGACCAGCAGUCGGAGAAGAAAGAGGAAGCUCCCGUGGUAACCAAAAAGAGGUACAUACCCACCACCAAGGAAUGGGACGAGCAAUGCCGCGCCAGACAACUGGCUAAGAUGGAGGCUCAAAAGCAAAAUCAAGUGGGUGUCCAGGAUGCGAGCCCUGCGCUGUCGUCAUCUGAAUCCGCUGUUUCAUCAAAGCAGCCACUGAUUAAAUCCAAUGUGGUCAACAUAAGUCCAUCGGGAGUUAUUCGUCUGGGGGAUGCGAGGGGCACAACCCAACCUCGCUACUGUCCACCCGCCAAGCUAUUGGAUGCGGAGAAGCGCAGGGGCAAUCUCACCCACUUCCGACCCCUUUCCAACUGGCCAAUCCGUCGAAGCCUGCAGGUCCCAUUCAAGAUCCAGCUCAAUCAGAGGGGAAAGAUCGUGCAGCGCUAUACCAUCGACCAACUGCUGCUGUUGGAGCCGCAGCCUGAAGACCUUGAGAAGCCCCAGGUGGAUGAGGCCCUGUUGGGCUUGGGGUUUCUGUGCGAUUCAUUUAAGCGCGCUUCGUAGAUGCACUCAACUUCGUUUGAUUUCGAACCUAUUGAUUUAAAACAUUUUACCUUUUCCAAUCGCUUCACUUGAAUGUCUGAAAUAAACCUUACUUCAAUGCCGCU